UGCCCCCCAGGGGUGGGCAUGAGGAGGCUGGGUGGUAGGGGUAUGGGUGCCUGUGGUGCAUGCCCUCUGCCCUGUGCCCGCAGGUGUAUGUGCUCAAGCGGCCACACGUGGAUGAGUUCCUGCAGCGCAUGGGUGAGCUCUUCGAGUGCGUGCUCUUCACUGCCAGCCUGGCCAAGUAUGCGGACCCCGUGGCUGACCUGCUGGAUAAAUGGGGGGCUUUCCGGGCACGGCUUUUCCGGGAAUCCUGCGUCUUCCAUCGGGGCAACUACGUGAAAGACCUGAGCCGCCUGGGCCGCGACCUGCGCCGUAUCAUCAUUGUGGACAACUCGCCUGCAUCCUACAUCUUCCACCCCGAUAACGCCGUGCCGGUGGCCUCCUGGUUCGAUAACAUGGCAGACACGGAGCUGCUGGACCUCCUACCCUUCUUCGAGAGGCUCAGCAAGGUGGAGGACGUGUACGCAGUGCUCAAGAAGCAGCGGACUAACAGCUAGUGCCCUCCACCACUGCAGGUGCUGCCCAGGGGCACCGCCGUGGCAGCCGGGUGCCUUGUGUUAGGGGGAAAAGUAUCCCCCGUGUGCCCCCACCAUCAUCCUUGGAUGCCCUCCCUGCCUGCUGGUGGUGGGAGACGUGGGUGCCCCAUCCAGGGAGGUGGGUGUCCCCUUCCCAUGGAGGAGGAGGGCUGUGGGUGCCCCGCUGCCUUGCUGUGCUGAGGACCUGCUGGGGAGGGUCCCAGUCCUCCCCCACUGUCCCCCCCAACUGUGUCCCCCCUCCCCAGAACGGUUCUCAGGUCCUUUUCCCUCCGUGUCCCCCCAAAUCGGGGGCUGGGGGGGUCAGCAACUGCUGCUUUCCACUGCCUUUGGGCGGGACUGGCCUCCCUCAUCUGGGCUCUGCCCACUGAGGAGGGGCUGGUGGCCCUCAGUCCCUAUGUUCAGGGGGUGUGGGAUGAGUUAAUCGCUUGCCACCACCCUGAGAAAUGGGGGAGU